AUGCGGAGCCUCGGCUGCCGUGCCACGGGGGAGAUGGACGCGCCGGGGGCGAAGAACGCAUAUGGUGCUGACGUGCCAGCUCGUUGCUGCGUCGGUAAAGGGCAUCUUCUCUCUCUCAGGGACUUCUUGAGCGAUGAUGAAAACGAGAAGAGAAACGUGCAAUCUUCAGAUGACUCCUUCGAGCCUUACCCCGAAAAGAAGGUUUCUAGCAAGAAAAGCGACGGCAAAGAAGCGAAGAAGGCAGAAGAACCCAAAAUAAGGAAGAAGCCGGGGCCUAAGCCAGGGUGGAAAAAAAAAAUCAAAUGUGAAAGGGAGGAGCUGCCUACCAUUUACAAGUGUCCUUACCAGGGAUGCACGGCUGUCUACAGGGGGGCGGAUGGCAUGAAGAAACACAUCAAGGAGCAUCACGAAGAGGUUCGGGAGAGGCCCUGUCCUCAUCCUGGCUGCAACAAGGUGUUCAUGAUUGACCGGUACCUACAGCGCCACGUGAAGCUCAUUCAUACAGAGGUACGUAAUUAUAUCUGUGAUGAAUGCGGGCAGACCUUUAAGCAACGCAAGCACCUCUCGGUCCAUCAGAUGCGGCACUCGGGAGCAAAGCCCCUCCAGUGUGAGAUCUGCGGGUUCCAGUGCAGGCAGCGAGCGUCCCUCAAGUACCACAUGACCAAACACAAAGCCGAGACGGAGCUGGAGUUUGCCUGCGACCAGUGCGGGAAGCGUUUCGAGAAGGCCCAUAACCUUAACGUCCACAUGUCCAUGGUGCACCCUCUGACCCAGACUCAGGACAAAGCCAAGCCACUGGAGCCAGAGCCCGUUCUCCUCCUCACUACUUCAGGGACUGCGGAAAGCCAGGCGGUAAAGCCAGAAGUGACUGCGCAGCAGGAGCCCACCUGAGGGGGAUGGGGACGCUGUCCCCGUCCAGCCCUGUAGAAGCCGUACGGCAGAGGGGAGAUUGUCAGGCUACCUUUUAGUCUCCCAAAGGACUCAGUGGAAUUAGCUUCAGCUCGCUCAGAAAAAGCUUGUUAUCAUGCUGUGAUUCUCCAUGCUCACGUCUGAUUCAGCAGUGUUGUACUAAGUCUGUCUAACCCCCGGGGAGGCGGCAGCACCCCUUCGUGGUUCCCCUUCUCCCCACGCACACAGGUGUAGAAACCAAGUUGGCCACAACUGUUCCCUGCCCGCACAAGCUGCUGCCCGCACAGAAAUGCCCUCGGGUGGCUGUCAGGGUACAGAGGACCGUGGAGCAACUUGAAGCAGACUUUU